AGUGUAAUAAGUAAAUUGACCCAUUUUCACCAUGGACAUCCAAUUAAAACCGCGCAUUCUGAUUGACAAGCAAACGGACCAAUGGCGACGAGCCAUGGAACGCGGUGAACCAAUAGGAAGCGAGCUGACGAUUCUGUAGGAUGAGUUUUGACCUACGAUGGCUACCGUCAGCAGGAACCAUCAUCACAGGGAGUCCAAAAUACCAUUCAGACGGGAAAAAAUGCCUUUUAAAUCUCUCUGGACUUUCGCUUUUCUUAUAUUAACUGCGAGUCGCUGUUUUGCCGACGAUGAUCACGAGAUGGAAGAGUUUCUGAAGCGGGAGUUUUCCCUCUCCAAGCCCUACCAAGGUGUGGGAUCUUUAGGCUCCUCCCACUGGGAGCUGAUGGGGGAUGCCAUGGUAACAACCGACCAGGUGCGCCUCACACCUGACAUGCAGAGCAGGCAGGGGGCGGUAUGGAGCCGCAUUCCUUGCCAUCUGAAUGACUGGGAGAUGCAGGUGCACUUUAAGAUUCACGGGCAAGGAAAGAAGAACCUGAAUGGCGAUGGGUUGGCCAUUUGGUACACUAAGGAGCGUAUGCAGAAAGGUCCUGUAUUUGGAAAUAUGGACAACUUCACUGGCUUGGGGGUGUUUGUGGACACGUAUCCCAAUGAGGAGAAACACCUAGAGGCACAGAAGAAAAGAUAUACUCCUCGCACACAGAGGAUCUUCCCCUUCGUUCUGGCCAUGGUUGGAAAUGGCAGCAUCAGCUACGACCACGAGCGGGACGGUCGGCCCACAGAGCUCGGUGGUUGCAACGCCAUGGUGCGCAACCUCAAACACGACACCUUCCUCUUUAUCCGAUACAUCCGCCGCAGGCUAACGGUGAUGAUAGACAUCGAUGGGCAACAUGAGUGGAGGGAUUGCCUGGACAUACCUGGGGUGCAGCUUCCCAAAGGCUAUUAUUUUGGAGCUACAGCCAUCACUGGAGACCUCUCAGAUAACCAUGAUAUUAUUUCCCUGAAACUCUACCAACUGACGGUGUUGCGGAGUCAAAAGGAAGAGGAAGAGGCGGAAGAGGAGAUAACCAUACCCAGCGUAGAUAACUUUGAACUACUCAGACUGGGUCAGACUGAAGAAGGGAUGAGCGGGAUAGCUCUUUUCUUCACCGUGCUCUUCUCCAUGCUGGGUUUUAUCUUCCUCAUCGUCAUCGGCCUGGUGGUCUACAGCCAGUGGAACGAGAGCCGGCGCAAGCGCUUCUACUGAAAACGGAAGGAGAAAGACGGCGACAAGUACUGCGGUGUGUGGACCCAAGAGGAAGAAAAGUGAGAUGCUGCUGUCGUCCAGUAGGGCGCAGCAGAUUGUUUCAUCCUGAGGACAACAGCAGUCUGAUGGGAGAUGGAGUAGACAAAGCCAUUCUCUCACUCUGCCAUUGGUAGUCAUGAAGCAGUAGGAGGACUUAAAUCACAGUCUGCCCUCAGCCCCCCCCUGCCUGACACUCACCAACUCGGCCUUACCAUCUCCACCUCUGCAGACGUGCAGUAUGUCACAUGACUUCUUACGAGCAGCUACAUAUUAUUUUCUGUUACAGUUUGCUGCAUUUGACAACUAUGAAAUUCUCUGAGUUUUCUGAUGUUGAUUUUAUGGCUUUGAGAAAUAUAUAAGUAUCCAAUGUGUUGCUACUGGUGAUCCACCCGCAGUAUGAUUUGAAGCGCUAACCAAAUACCACUAAAAAACCAACAAUGUCAUCUUUACUGUAGCUCCGAGCGAACUAAAGAUGGAUCUCUACUCUUCUUUGCAUUAGAAAAAAGCAGCUGAGUGCUUUAUACUCUAUACUAUCAUUUUGAACCUGUGUAUGUAUUAUAUAAUGUAUUCCCAUCCUGUAGUUGUAGUAUGCAUGGCAUUUGUUGAGGUUAAUUCUCUGAACCACAUCGUAGACCUUUUCACGCGGUUAUGUGAAGCACAUGGAAAACUGAGCUGUCUCAUUGGCGCAUGUGGCAAAGAUUUUGGUGUUUCAGGGAAAUAUUUCUUAUUUUUAACAAUCAUGACAUAAAAUGUUUAUUCAUCACUGUUCCCUUGCCCAGAUUGUAUGCAUGUAUUUGAGAAAAUGGAUCAAAGUUUUAUGAUCAAAUUCUUCUAAAUAUAUUUAAAGUAGAUAUUUAAAUGUCAGAAAUGGACUUUGCACUGAAGGGAGCGACUAUAGAGAAUUUGAAUGAUUACUAAAUUAUUGCCAAUAUUUUCCCUGUCACUGACACUUUUUCUUUGGACACUGAAUAUUAAUGACCUUUUUAUUUGUGUUUCUUUUGUGUUUAUAUGUAAAAACACCACUGCCUGUCAUGCAUUGUAUGAACUGAACAAAAAUGCUGGUUUGGCCUCAGCCCGCCGCUUUUGGAUCUGCACAAUCUUCAAUAUGUUCUGGAAAAAGUCCCAGGCCUCAUGUCAACAUCAUAUAUCUUUUAUGUGGUGCUUUGUUUUCAAUCGUGCAAUGUGUGAGGUCUUCCUCAUUUCCUGUAGCCACUGUGACAACCACCCUACCUUAUUCAUCCUGUUUGUUGCCUUUUGUAUGACAACCAUGUGCCUCAUGUAUCCAUUCAGUGACCCAUAAAUUACAUUUUGUAACCAUUUUUAUCUUGUCUCUGUCCUGAAGUAUUAACAUUGCGCCAUUAAAGACCAAACAAGACCUACGCUGAUGUUUAUGACCUCUGGGUGUGAAGUUGGGUUAUAUUUAAAGCAACAACAUUCAGAUAGUACUACAUAUCGACCCUAGUUCGACAUUUAAAAGUGAAAUCCUGUGUCUACCCGAGGCUUAUGUCAUAAACAGUACUAUAUAGUGAACAGGUUGUGUGUUAUCCUAAUUUUAAGGAGACAUGACAUCCCAUCAAUAAUGUAUGUUGACUGCCUGAGGUGUCUCUCACACAGCCAUGUGAUAAUCCUCCAGCACUAUUUUUACUCUCAAGUGCUCAAGGUUAAUUUCUCUUUUAAGGACUCGAGAGAACUUCUCCCCCACCCCCAGACUUUACAAAUGUGUAAGACAACAUACCAAAAUCCUUCAAAAGGCUACUUGAGGUUAAAUGGAUACAUCAAAAGGGUUUAAGUCAAGAACCGCCAAGAGUCAGAGUCAGUUGAGUGCCAAUGUUUGUUUUAUUAAAAAAAUAAAAUACAAAUGAUGACCCAACGAGUACACAGCAGACUUCUUACUAAAAACAAAGCAUUUUAUCUAUCAUUCAGUGCUUUAAUUUUUUUCCUCUUUUUCCACUUUACUCAUUUUGGCUUGUUUGAAGUUAUUAGGACAAAAAAAUGUAGACAGUCUGGUCUGUUUUGUACUGUAGUUGCCUUCCUACUUCUCAAACUAGGAUGUUUCUCAUUUUGGCAAAAAAAAAAAAAAA